UCCGCAUGCAGGACGUGAUGGCAGGCAGCCCCGAAAAGAUCGCCCUGGGUGAGCGCACGCUGUCGCAGUCGCGCGACCAUCUGACGCCGCCCAGCCGCACGGAGAGUACGGUGUUUAGCCUGUCCCGCAGCGACUCACUGUGGACGGCGGCCGAGACACCGCCAGACCGCUGCCAGGUCUUCUGGUUCCCCAUUCACUUCAUGUCGACGGGCGGCGGCUUCCUGGCAUGCGGCGUCAUCAUCAGCGGCCUCUACUUUGCCGGCCACAGCCGCAAGGUUAGCAAUAUCCUGGGCCCCGCCCUGCUCUCCAUCGGCCUGAUGGUUUUUGUGGUGGGCGUGGUGCUCAUCCCCAUCACCAGGGAGAACCGGCGGCGAGCCUUGAAGAAGCCGCUCACCUUCCACCGCCAGCCCGUCUUCAACGUGUGACUCCAUCGGGAUUUCGACACAGUGGACCUAUAGUUCCUCCACUGGAAACCCCUCCUUAACAAUUAGCGAGUAGCAGACUCUCGGGCUGAAACGAUUACUCGCUAAAUACUACGUAAGGAUUUGUAUGUCGGGCAUUAAAUUGCUGAAUGACUCGAGUGCUGAAAAAAGCCGCUAUGGACAAUUUUACUUUGGGAUGGGCUCACUUUUGUUGCUAUAGGCGGAUAAACAUUUAUGGCUGUGCGUUUGCGUUCUCUUUGCGUGGACAGUAAACGUAUCCUGACUCCUUGACAUUAUAGCAAAGGGUCAUUUUCUCCAUGCUGUUCCAUGAAAAGAAUAUUUCCACAAAUGGGAGAGGGGCUGCUCAUUUUUGUGAGCUUGUGCUGUGACUUGCGACCACUUCUGCCUUUUAUUUUAUGGCCACGCCACAGAAGGAGCCCAACGAGAUACUCGACAAUGUUUCUGAUGGAAAAGUGCACUUGAAGGCGGGACUAAUGCGUUGCGAUUGACUGUAUGAAUUAUUAAACGCUGCUUGACGUUUCCUCUCAAAAGCGUUUCGUGAGACUCAAGUGGGCGCCCCCCUGCCAACAUAAAACCAGACCAAAUUACACA